CUACUGUAGCACAAGUUGUCAGAAAGCGGUCAAGCUCCACAAAACAGUGCCUCGACGACCGGGCAUAUGUGAAAGGUCAAAGAUGGUUCAGGACAGUGCUCAGAUUCGGCGGCAGGGUGCCCUGGACUUCAUGGCGUACUACGACUUUGCCUGUGCCAGGCAGGAAUCGGUCCCUCUCCCCGUUGUUAAGGUGAACCUUGACAAAGGGAUGCUGGACUUUAAUGGAGACAGGCUCAAACUAACCGACUGGCCGCCUAUUCUCAGUUCUAUAUCCAUCAACAAGCACCUGCACCACAUUGCAAUAAGUAGCACAUACCAAGCUAACCUUGGUUCUGGAGAUGCAGACAGAAGGUACUUUAAGUCUAGCUUCAGGAGGAGGAUCCCAGCCGUUCGCUCAAAGGACAUGACAUUCAAGGUGUGCAAAGCCCUGAGAGAGUGUCUGAUUGUCUCUCCAAACCUCAAGACUCUGCAGCUUAAUGGACUUCCCCUGAGAGAGAGGGACCUCAUCAUAUUGACAAAGGGUUUGUCCAAAAACACUUCCUUGGAAAACCUGUCUCUGGCCAACUGUCCGAUAACAGACGAGGGCUUGGAGGUCAUUUGCCAAAGUGUUAAGUACUCCACAAGCAUCAGGACGAUAGAUUUUACGGGCUGCAGUCUCACCUGGAGAGGGGCGGAGCAUAUGGCCAACAUCAUCAAGCACCAGGGAAUGCAGAGGCAUGGCACUGCGUGGGCAGAGUCUCUGAGGUAUCGACAGCCACAGUUUGAGGGAAUGGGAGGUCUUCGGCGGGUCACCCUUAACCAUAACACUUUGAUUGGGGACCGGGGUGCUGCUGCUCUCGCACGGGAACUUUCCGAGGACCUCUGGGUUAAAGCUGUGGACCUACAGAGGUGUGGUCUGUCCAACGAAGGAGCCCGUCGUUUGCUGGAAGCCUUGAAAACAAAUUCUUCUCUGCGCGUACUGGAUAUCCGGAGCAACCCCUUAGUCGACAAGGUUCUCAUUAAAACUGUAAUAGAGAAAGUGCUAAUGAAUGCUGAUGGACAAUCACCAGAGUACUGCUGGAUCAAACCUGCAACCACUGAGCCACAGAGAACAUCUGGUCCAAAGAGAAGAGCACUGCCCAGUACAGUAAGAGGAAAAGCUACAUUUAGGAUAGGGACUCAUAAAGGAGCAUCAUCUGGAGGACGGAGUUCAGGUGCCGCUCAGACACAGAAGGCCUAUUCCCGCUCCUGUUAUGUGCCUUGGCGUGCUGCUGCACGAGCUGGGCGCCAGAGAGGUUUGCCUCCCGGGGUAACUGCGACAGACCAAAGCUUUCAGGGUGCAGCUACUGUAAAGGUUACUAUAGAGUCUGAUUCAGAGGAGGAGGAGGAGGAGGAGGAUGAGGAUGAGGAAGAAGUGGUGGUAGAAGUGGAGCAGAGGCCGUCUUCUCUCAGUCUUCAGGACAGGAUCACAGGGCGGCAGUUUGAACGCUUGCAGAUGGAGCUAAAAGAGUGUCGUCUGAGGCUGGCAGAAGAGCGCAGGGCCAGACUGAAAGCUGAGUCAAGGCUCAUAGAGUAUGAAUUGGAGAAUGCCCGACUCCGUGAUGCCAAACGCUCCCUGUCGGAGGCGCUGGCGGCCACUGGUUCAGCAUCAGCACCACCUGCCUUCACUGCUCUUGAGGAUGAGGCGGUGCUCGAGAGCAUUGAGAACUCCUUCACUAAGUUCCACGCCUUUCUGGAUCUCCUCAAGGACGCUGGUCUAGGUCAGCUGGCUUCAAUGGCUGGAAUUGACGGGUCAGAUUUCCAGCCUCUGGGAAGACCUCAGCUCUCCUCUACAGUCGGACCACAUUUGGAUGGAGCAGCGUUACUGACUCAGGGCGACUGUGUGGAUGUUACGGCAAAGACGGAUGCUGCGUCUUUGGUGAGCAGCGUCCUGCCUGCUCCCCACGGUGGACCACUGGACACCACAGCUCCCAGAUCUCCGUCCACUGUCUGGACAGCAUUGCGUAAAGACGGGCUGCUGGAUGUGACCGUCACUCAGGCUUCAGGCGGAGAACAACAGCUAGGUCGAUAUUCAAAGCCUGUGUCCCCGCGUGACUCAGGUUCUGAGCGCAGUUUCCGUAGCCACAAGUCCUUUGAUAAUAAUUCCUUUGGUAAAACCUUCCAGGCUCAACCAAGCCACCCCAAAAGCAACAGCAGCUCUCACAGAAGCGACAGUCCCCACGGAUACAGCUUCAACAACAGCUACAGUCGCGCUUCGCCUAGCAACGGGUCUCAUGGCGGUUCGUCUGUGAGCGUUAGUGACAUUAUAAGUGACAAGGCAGAGUCUGUGGAGUCAGUAGGGUUAAGGAACAGGGGAAAGGGAAGGUCAGUAAGUCAGUCAGGGUCAGAGGUGGUGGAGAGGAACGCCAGUCCUCAUAGGGGUGUUCUGGAGCAGCUCGGGUCUCUGUCGGAUGAUGAGUCCUUCUGACCAGAGAAAAAUGAAGAGCUGUGUCUGUUCUCAGUGCGUUUUACGUAAAGUUCCCGUCAUUUUUUGAUGUUGUUGAUCAGAUUUUUUAACUUAUUUUUAAACCUUUGGAAGACAAAACACCAGAAUUCUUAUAUUUUCGAUACCAGUUAUUUCAUUUAGGAAAAGUCAAUUAGAAAUGUAUGAAAGCCAA